UCAGUUGAAUACUUUGCGUUUAUUGUCCACAUUGUUGAUAAGAAAGUCACGUCGAGAUCAGUAUUUGGUUUGGAUUUGCUGAGGGUUAGUGUGACCGAAAGGGCUCCACGGGACUACAACUUUCAAAUCCUUUCUCGAAACAUUUAGAAUUUUGUGUAUCCAGUUAUCAGAUUAGAAAGAUAUAAAAAAAUCUGAAUCGUGACGGUUGACUCGUAGCUUCGCUUAACAAUGUGAAAAAAUAGUAAAUAUCGUUUCCGCAUGGGUGCUCAGUUUGAAUUAAUCUUUUGAUGACUUAGGAAGCGUUUUGGAGGAAGUCCUUCUUAGUUCUGUGGAGUGAAGAAGUCCUUUCUAGUUUUGUGAAGUUUAAAACACGGGUAUCUGCUAACUUUUCAUAAGUCGAGCUGUGUUUACAUUCAGAUACUUCCAAACGGUCACCCCAUUGCUAAUUAAUAAAUAAGUAGCCAAUGUGUAUCGCAUCUACAAUCUAAACUCAGCAGUUCGUCGGUAAAAGAUUGUGUGAAGGGUGGUGGUGCGCUACUAUAGUGAUAGGAAUAACAAUUGUUGUGAAACGUGAUGAAACCUUAUAGAGGAAUGCCUUUGUUUUUUGCGACUGUGAUAUUAUUGUUCGGCGUGGUAAAUUGCCGACAGGUAUAUAUUCCAGAAUUUACGCCAGUUACUUAUGAUGUUAAUAAAAUUCCCAGCAAUGAUUGGGUCAAAUUGGAUAGCAUACCAGAAGCGGAUUAUCAACAAGCAAUUAAUUUAGGAAUAAGUUCUGUUAACCAAGACAUCUCCUUGGAACAUAAUCUACGAACCAGAGGCAUUUUAGUGGACGAUAGUAAAGAUGAUGAUUACGUUCAAUAUCUGGAAAGCAAACCUAACAAGAGAACGCGGCAAGUAGAUGUGAUCGCCAAAAAAGUGAUCAGAUCGAACAAAUACUUUGUGAACAAACAUUGUUUGCCUGAGAAUAUCGAUCCUGCUAUUUGUGCACAAUUUCUGGCAACUAAGCCUUUGCCGGAAGAUUCCACGGUUCAUAAAGAAUGCCAGGAGGUGGACGAUCGCACUAUAUAUGCCUAUACGAGACUGAUGCCUGCGAGGUACAAGGAUGGAAUUUAUCAGAUGUACGCGGAGCCAAUGUUACCAUUACCCAGAAGACUGACUAAACAUAUAGAUAAUUCGCUUCAAGCUGAUCAUAGCGAUCCUGAAUUCAACUUAUUAGUAAUGCAAUGGGCUCAAUUCAUAGAACAUGAUCUCAGCAAACCAGUUUCUACCACAAUGCACAACGGUGAUCCUAUAGAAUGUUGUACAUCAGAUGAUACAACACUUCUACCAAGGAAUAAACACCCCGCUUGUGCUCCUUUGGAGGGGGACGAAACUCGCGAUGAAUAUACACAUGUAUCUUGUCAAAAUUAUGUGAGAAACGCGAAGACAGUUAAUGGCAAUUGUACAUUUGGUCCAGCAGUAAUGGUGAACCAAGAAAAUGGGAAGCUAGACUUAUCGCAAUUGUAUGGAUUAUCGGCAGAAACUCAAGCUGAAAUGAGAACAUUUCGGGACGGGCAACUUAAAUCCUCUGGCGGUCCUGAGAUAAAAACGACCAUGUUACCUUUGGCAACUGACAUUUCCAAAUAUUGUGUUGGUCCUGAUAACCGUGAAUGCUACAUGGCAGGUGACAGCAGAGUCAACAGCAACCCAUUCAUAACGCAGCUGAAUACAAUAUUUUUAAGGUCACACAACAUUAUAGCGAAGCAACUAAAGAAGCAGAAUCCUAGCUACUCUGACGAGAAAUUGUUUAGAUUGGCCAAAAAAAGAAAUAUUGAAAAAUAUGUUGCGAUCAUUUACCAGUCGUGGUUGCCUACGGUAUUGGGUGAACCUCUAGCAAUAACAACAAGAGGUGUUCGAUCAGUGCACAUAGAGACAACUGUUAGCAGUGAAUUUGGAGUUGCUGCGAUUCGAUUCUAUCAUUCUAUGAUGCCAGAUAGGAUACAAUUAAAUAAGACUUGCAUGUCAGGCUCCCUUGAUCUCAGCAAACACAUGUACAAUUCAGACUUCUGGAAACAGGACUGCAAACUUAGCUCUCUGCUGGAUGGAAUGCUUAAUUCCAAUCCGCAUAAAGUAGAUCUCUACUAUAAACCGAUUGUUUUGAAGAAUUGUCUGAAGUCUAAGGAUAGUGACAAGGGCAUCAAUUGCAUGGCUCUCGAUAUUCAAAGGGGCCGUGAUCACGGUCUGGCAGGCUACACAAAGUAUCUUGAGAAAUGCGCGAAUACGGAAAUUCGUAAUUGGAAAUCUUUAGAGACUUAUAUUGGUACCAAUGAGCUGAACCUCCUUAAAAGCAUGUAUCGUAAUGUGGACGAUAUCGAUUUAAUCAUAGGUGCAAUGUCGGAAAAACAAACGAAUGGAUUGUUGGGAGUGACAUUUAGCUGUAUAAUAGCUGAUCAAUUUUCGAAAAUUUGGCACGAAAUGCCAAACCGAUCAGAUUUCAAUGAGAAUGAGUCCGGGGCCGAGCUUUUAUGUCGGACCACAAAUAUCGAUGCCGUACCAAAGAAUAUUUUUAAAGUCGAUUCAGAAAGGAAUCCGCUAAUCAAUUGUUCAACUUUCGGGAAUUAGGAUUUAUUUCAUCGAUCAAUGCAAACUCAUUUGUAAAUUUGAAUAAAAAUAUUGUGCCAUG